CAGCGGUCGCCGUAUUGCAGCCUACUUUGUUGAAGGCGUUUCCCAACUUCUGCAACUUUUACAGUGUCUGCAAGUACUGCCAUUCCAACCAUGAUAAAGGCUUGAAAUGUGAUGGAAACCUACCAUUCCUCGUAUAGCUUAGACCGCGCUCUUCUUCUUUUUUCUAGAUGCCUUUCAUAUCCAAGAGGGCCUGCCUACGAAAUGGAUAUUUCAAUUCAGCCUGACAUAAAUUUGUCCCAAUAAAAAGUGGGACUUAUACCCAGAAAUCAGGAAUUUGCCAAAAACAGAGACCGUUAGGUUUCAAUGGAGUCGUGAAAUCCGCCGACCAUCCAUCCACUCAAAUCGGUCAUUUUCAAUUGAUGAAAGUUCAGAAGAGAUUCUUUAAUGUCUUUGUCCGAUUUCAACUCAAAUAACACGAAAUUCUUCGAUUGAAAUUUGAGUUGGUAUAGUUUCGGUAGGCUCGCACGAUUAACAAAAGAAAGAUUUCGAUUCAAACAUUUUCUUAAGCAACAAGCCACAUUUCUAAUUUGAUGUAGACUUGGAUUUUGAAAGAGUUUUGUGAUCUGCUGCAUACUAACAAACCAUAUUAAUUUGUAAAUUUCUUUUUAUCAAGAUAUCUAGACAUUUUUAAUUUGUCAAGUAUUGGUCUAAUAUCCAAAGGAUCUGUGUGGAGCCUAAUCUGGUUCCUCGUACUCCUCUUCAAACUGUAAUAAAAACACUUCCCACGUUGCUUUACAACGACUUCUUGGCUCUAAUCUGCUUUUUGUCCCACUUUCACCUUCAAUGCACACCAACAACUCUCUCUCUCUCUCUCUUGAAAUCCAUACCCUUCUGUUAAACUCGUUGUCGGCCUUUCCAGUUUGUGAAAAAGAACCAUUUCUGCAGUUUGCAACGGACAUUUCUCUCACUUCAUGGCACUUCCUCACAAGCAAACAGAAGCCUCUUCAGCCGAAUCAGCCCAUACCCCGCUUAGAGUAGACUCACACCAACAUGAAGAAGUACUAGACGACACCCAACUUGACCACUCCCUCCUCCGAUUAGAAACCUUUCUCAGAAUCUUUGGCUUCUGCCAGUUCUCUUUUAUAAGCUUCACCCUCUCGUGGGUUUCAUUUCUUCUCCUGGGUGUUGCACUUCCUCUUGCUUUGAUCGAGCGUUCUUAUUGUUCUGAUUGCGAGAAGUAUGAGAUCAAAAGCUUUGAGAUUGAGAUUCUGGUUUCUGAGUCUCUAGUUGCAGCCAGUUCUCUAUUAUGCAUUUCUCAUAACCUUCGCAAGUAUGGUGUUAAAAAGUUCCUGUUUGUCGAUCGGUACCAUGGUAAUAUGGCACAGUUUCGCGAAGAAUACUUGCAGAAGAUCAACGGUUUCUUCCGCUUGUUGGCAGUGUGGCUAUUACCAUGCUUCCUUUUGAAGACUGCUCGUGAGGUCAUUCAUAUGGUCUAUGUGCACAAUGACUCAUGGUGGCAAUCCAUUGCUACAUUAUUUGCCUUGCUGGUAUCGUGGACUUAUUCAGCCAUAAUCUAUCUAUCAGGCACAGUUCUUUUCAAUUUGGUGUGCAACUUGCAAAUAAUACACUUUGAAAACUAUGGGAAGCUUUUAGAAAGCGAUCUGGAUGUUUCUCUGUACAUAGAGGAACACAUUCGACUCAAGCAUCAUCUAUCCAAAAUUAGCCACAGGUUCCGAAUAUUUCUUCUUCUGGAGUUUUUAUUCGUGACGGCUAGUCAAUUUCUGGCUCUAUUAGAGACCACAGGAAAUAAAGGAAUUAUCAACUUCUCCAAUGGCGGCGAUUUUGCAGUAAGGGUCUGCUCUAUUGUUGAGCUGGUUGGGAUCAUAAUCUUUCUGCAGUCAGCAGCAAAGAUUUCACAUAGAGCUCAAAGUCUUGCAUCAGUUACAAGCAGAUGGCAUGCUUUACUUACAUGCAACUCCGAUAAUGCAUCUCAAACAGGAAUUUCAAAUAAUGUCAGAAGCAUGGAAGCCGCUAUUCCAGCAGGUCCAUUGCAUAUAAAUUACUCAGAAAGUGAUAUGGAAUCGAUCGAUUAUGUCCCAGUGCCCACAAAUAGUCAACUGGCUUCAAACAUGUCCUUGUACCAUAAGAGACAAGCUCUCGUCUAGGUUCAUUAAAAAUUGAUGCAAGUGGUAUUAACAAGCUACUUUCUGCAAGUCUUCAGGAGACCUAUAAUUACUCUCUUCCUCACAGAUAAGCCCAAGAUUUCUGUUGACAAGAUUUAAAAGAGACAUGUUUUAGGGAUCAGCCCAUUAUACUGAUUAGGUUCUGCUGCAUAAUUCCCUCUGUCAAAAUCUGCUGCAUUUGGGUCUUAUGGUUCUUAAGACCAACGAGUCAUUUACCUUGCAAAGGAUGAUCACAUCACAAAAAUAAUCUGUAUCAUCCACACAUUGAAAUACUUAAAUAGUAUUUAAUCAAGCUCGCUCGAUUUUGCAGUUAUGUAUAUGCAGUCCAACCUUGGGGGGGUGACCAUAUUCGGAUGGACAAUUGAUAGGGCACUUCUAAAUACAGUUUUUUUUAUUGAGCUCUCACUGGUUCUUUUUGUACUCGGGAAGACCAUUACUUUCACUACCAAAUGACACUGUUAACAGAGAUUCCGCCGGGAUUCUCAAAGUUGAGAAAGCAAACUAAAGGUACUGCAGCCACCUUAAUGAAGCACAGUAACAACAUCAAAGCAAAAGAUAUUACAGCCUGCACACUGCAAUGUCUGCAUAGCAGAAAGCACACCAAGGCAGUAGACAACUUUAACUUGUCCUUAAUGUGAAGAUGAUCAUGUGUUUCAGUGCAUUAGUGUAAAGUGUAAAAGAAACCUUGUAUAGCAGCAACAGAAAAGCACUUGUCUUUUCCUUACUUUCUAGCUUUUGUACUUUGUUAAGAUGUGUAUAAAAGGAGCUCAUGUAAAGACACUUAUUAACACAAUUCGAAUUCAAAGCAAUUCACACUUGCUUUAGCAAA